AUGAAUGGAGGUCAGAAAAGUAAAUGCACAUUUAUACUUUACUAUUCCACAGCGAUUAUUGCGACUUACAGGUAUAUUUGGUAAAUAAAUCAAACUACACGCUUUAUAUCACAAGUUCACAUGUUCUACUCUUCUUUAAGAAUUGUUCUUCAUUAUCUGGCAUCAAUCAAUCAUUAACAUGCAUACCAUUUACUAGUAUAAUAAGAUUCUCAACCAAUCUCCUUGACUUUUCUUUUUCGUCUCUGUGUGUCUCUUCUUUUUUCCAAACCCAAUGAAAGAAGUUUUGGGUAUGGAUAGGCAGAGAAGUUUCUCCUUCAAACCCAAAAGAUUAUUAGUUUUUUCUUUGACAAUCUGUUCUUCUAUUAUCUUCAUGGUAUUAUUUUCCAUUUGGGUUAUCCAACUCACCCCUUCAGUUUUUCAGCAGACCCAUCUUCAGUUCAAUGCUUCUUCUCUCUUAACUGCUCAAUCUCUUACUGGUUUCAAUCGAAGUUCUUCAGUAGUAAGUGGUGUUCAAGGUUCAAUUUUGAUUCACACCCAGUUCAGUAAACAUGAAAAUGAUUCUGACUGGUCAGGGAUUUCAGUUAUUGGUGGUCUAGAGGAAGAGAAUAAUGAAUCCGAAGUGGUGGAAGAUGGUGAAGAAAAUGAAGAUACUUCAGUAGUAAGUGGUGUUCAAGACCCUCUUUUGAUUGAUACCCAGUUGAGUAAACCUGUAAAUGUUUCUGGGUUUUCUGGGAUUUCAGUUAUUGGUGUUCUAGAGAAAGAGAGCAGCGAAUCCAAAGUGGUAGAAAAAGAAGACGAAGAUAAGGAAUCCUUAACUGAAAACUCACCACCGCCAAUAGUGCGAAGUGAAGUUUCAAGAGAUGAAAAUGUUACAGAAACUUCAUCCAAAAAAGUUGAGAUUAUCGUGGAGGAGAAGAAGAGUAAAGAAACUGUAUUAAGGAAGGCUUUAAUUUCAAGUGCAAGAGAUUGUGAUGUUAGAAGAGGAAAAUGGGUUUUCGAUGAAAGCUAUCCAUUAUAUACAAAUACUUCUUGUCCUUUCAUAGAUGAAGGGUUCAAUUGUGAGAGUAAUGGGAGACCAGAUAAAGGUUACAUGAAAUGGAGAUGGCAACCACAAGGUUGUGACAUUCCAAGGUUCAAUGCCACAAAAAUGCUGGAACUAAUAAGAGGGAAAAGGCUUGUUUUUGUGGGCGAUUCACUUAAUAGAAACCAAUGGGAAUCCAUGCUAUGCAUGUUAAUGGGGGCUAUUAAAGAUCCAACUAAGGUUUAUGAGACACAUAAGCGUAGAAUCACCAAAGGGAAGGGAAACUAUAGUUUCCGUUUUGUGGAUUAUAGAUGUACGGUUGAGUAUUACGUGACCCAUUUCUUAGUUCACGAAGGUAAAGGAAGAGUGGGGCAGAAGCGUUUACAGACUUUGAGCAUUGAUUCGAUUGAUCGUAGCUCAUCAAGAUGGAAAGGAGCUGAUAUUUUAGUUUUUAACACCGCACAUUGGUGGUCCCAUUACAAAACUAAAGCUGGGAUUAACUACUAUCAAGAAGGGGGUCAAGUUUAUCCACGCCUAGAUGUUUCUACAGCAUUCAGAAAAGCUUUAACAACAUGGGCAUCAUGGGUUGACACACACAUCAACCCAAGAAAAACAAGAGUUUUCUUUCGAAGCUCAGCACCUUCCCAUUUCAGUGGAGGGCAGUGGAAUUCAGGUGGGCACUGUAAUAAAGCAACUAAACCACUUACUGAAAUUUCGAGCACAUUUGUAUCUGACAAAAAUGUAGUAGUAGAAGAGGUGAUCAAACAGAUGAAAACUCCUGUUACUGUGUUGAACAUAACCGGUUUAUCCCAAUAUAGGAUAGAUGGUCAUCCCUCUGUUUAUGGUACAAGAAGAUCGAACAGUCAAGAUUGCAGUCAUUGGUGUCUUCCUGGGGUUCCAGAUUCUUGGAAUGAGAUACUGUUUGCUUAUUUAUACCAGUCCAAACAUGGGUUAACAGGAUUUUAGCCAUGUAAUCUAGUGAUAUUCUUUCUUUCUUUUAUUUAUUUGUUUGUUCAUAUCUUGGUUUUGUUUAAUUUGGAAUGAAUCCUGAUGAUUUCUUUGUAAAGAGCAAAAAAAUCUCCCAUGAUGGUACAGUUAAAAAUGUAGACAGAUUCUGAUACAAAGCAGUUGCUGCUUGUGGAGGUGGAGGUUUAAAGGGGUCUCUCAACAUUGGGUAGCAAUAGGUACAAUUACUCAUACUAGGAUAAAUUUUAUUUACCAAUAAAAUGUAAUAUUAUAAUCAUAACCCUACAAAAAAUAAUAUUAAAUGACUAAAUGUUUGGGGUGCCAUUUUAUCCGGU